CCUCCAUAACUGCUGCCCUCUCGGACACGGUAUUGUGGCCACCUUCAACAACCGGACAAAGCCUCCUCGACGGCUGCUGCGGUCUGAAGGCGCUCCCUAUCCCUCAGCGACCCCCCAAUGCCGUCCGUACAAGCCAACAUAGAGUACCUGCAAAAGCUCUCCCUGUAUGAUAAGGAGAAACCAUAUUGGUGCUUUCUCCCUCCCUCUGAGAGCUUCGAUCCGGAUGCUCAACGGGUUGACAACCUCGAGUUUGAGGAUUAUCCAGACAUCCAAAUCGAAGACAUACGAGAGCUCAACGAACCCCCCAAAAUCGACGACUCCGGGUUUGAAGUCUUGAGCCACCAGAGCAAGUUUUCGAAGUUCGACCGAGCAGAUGAUGUCUUCCAGUAUGUGUCCGAGACGGAAGAGCUCCUGAGAGAGAGGAUGGAUGCGGUUUAUGUCAAAUGCUAUGACUCUCGGCUCCGAAAGAACGCUAUGUUCCAGCGAACCCAGCUAGAUCUCAACGAUCCUUUGCUCACGGAAGGUCCCGCUCGUGGAGCUCACAAUGAUAUCACCUAUAGCUCCGGCCCUGUGGUCAUCAACCGAUACCUCCCCGAGGAUAUCCAGAAGAAGUUUUUGAAGCCUGGUUAUCGCAUUCGGAUUGUGAACACAUGGAGAACACUCAACCCAGUCCUUGAAGACCGCCCUCUUGCUCUGUGCGAUAGCCGCUCUGUUGAUCCUGAUGAUCUUGUAGCUGCAGACCGAAUAAUCCCAGCCCAUGUCGGAGAAGUUUACUAUCUUACCUACAACCCAAAGCACAGAUGGCUCUGGCUUGAAAAGCAGACCCCCGUGGAGCCUUUCGCCUUUGUCAUGUACGAUACCAAAGCUGGUAGUCAUGCCAGAUUCUGCCCUCAUGUGUCUUUUAUCAACCCGCUGGCAUCUGAUGGUGCUGCACCACGAGAGUCUAUCGAAACGCGUUCAAUUGUAAUCACAAAGAAAUAGAAUAGCGUCACUGCUCAAUUGCAUGAAUUUUGCAGAUUUCACAGCAGAUUUCGCAGGACCCGCGCGCUACGUGUUUUCACUCACCCAGGAUGUGAAAGACUCGUCCACCCCUCAAAAUG